AUGCUGCCCCUGACGUCUCUCUCUUUGGCAGACUCCAAGCUGAAGACUGACCUCACCCUGGUUCUGAACGCUCUGGGCAGUAAUGCCUCUUUGACGCGGGUGGACAUCAGUGGAAACGGGAUGGGAGACAUGGGGGCAAAGAUGCUGGCCAAAGCCCUGCAGAUCAACAGCAAACUACGGACGGUCAUCUGGGACAGAAAUAAUGUCAGUCCGCAAGGUCUUCAGGAUGUGGCUGCUGCAUUGGAGAAGAACUUCACCAUUCGUUUCAUGCCCCUUCCCAUCAUUGAUGCGUCCCAGGCACUCAAAGCCAGUCCUGAGAAAACAGAGGAUGCUUUACUGAAGAUCGAAAGCUACCUGUACAGGAACCAUGAAACCCGCAAGUAUGUCCAAGAGCAAGCGUACCGUCUCCAGCAGGGCAUCGUCACAACCACCACACAGCAGAUGAUUGACCGGAUAUGUGUGAAAGUCCAAGACCAUCUCAACUCGCUAAAGAACACAGACAAAGAUGCCGUCAAGGAAGAUGUGAAAAUAGCCGAGAACCUCAUGAAGGAUGCAAAAAAUUCAAAAACACUUCUACCCAACCUGUAUCACCUGGGAGGUGCGUCCAGAGAGGAGGUCAAUACGUCCACUGUGGGACCCAUCCAAGAGAAACUGGAGUCUAUGGCAGGAGAGGUCGCACGGGUUAUGGAUGAGCAGCUUCAGACGCUGCUUGAGUCGAUGGUUGGUGCAGCCGAGAGUCUCUGUCCUCACGUCUUGAAGAAAUCAAACCUGCGGCAGGAUCUCAUCAAAUCCGGCAUGACCAAGAUGGUCAUUCCUCGCAGUUUUGUCAAGAACACACUGCUUGAGCAGUCUGGCAUUGACAUCAUGAACAAGAUCAGUGAAGUAAAGCUCAGUCUGGCAUCUUUCCUGUCCGAUCGAAUCGUUGAUGAGAUUUUAGAAGCACUUUCCAGCUCACAGCAGACACUGGGAGAGCACUUGUCAGGGAAAGGACGUCCCCUGCAGCAACAAGAAUCUCUUGAUCUGGAUGUUCCGGAGGAGAGAGUUCCUAAACGCUCCACCACAGAGCUAAUGGAGGGUGAGAGGCUGGAUGACCUGGAGACCUGCAUGACUCUGUGCUGCACGAGUCUAGGCAGUUACUGA